GUUUCGAGGAACAACCAUGGCCAAGAAGGACGAAGUCAAAGAGGCGGUGGUGGAGCCAUCUGUCGUCCCGGUGGACGAAAAGCCAAAGGACCCCCCGGGGUGGGGCAUGGUGUGGCGAGUGCUCACGCCCGAACAGACCGCCAUGCUGUUGGGGUUGUCGUCUCCGUCGGCCAUCAUCGCGGCCUUGUGCGACGUGCUGCACGUCGAGCACUAUGCAGACAACCCCCGCAGUCGAGUAUAUGUGGACUUUUGCUUUUACAACUUUAUGUUUGCCAAGGAAGACGCCGGGUUUUCCGCGGCACAACUCGCCCUCUUUCUGGCCAUCACAACCUCCGUGUUUGAUCAUGCAACGACGAUGACGAGUGUCUCCAACGCCGAAAAUAAAUCCCCCCCCACGUUGGCCGACAACUACGCCGUGUUCAAGCAACUUGUCAAGCAACACAGCGUCGACAUGGUGCCUCAGCCACCACAACACGACACGACGACCGACAACCAAAACAGUGCCAAUGUUUACGUGGCCAUCUACUCCCUUGACGACGUCCAGCGCAUCGUGCAGUACCUCACGAGCACAUUUUACCGCCACUUCAAAGCGUUCCAAUGGGCAUUUCAAGCACAUCCCGAGUUUGUCCGUCAAGUCCGCCACGUCGCGGUGGAGACCCCGCUGGUUCCGCCCCCCAUGGCAUUCGCGUUGGAGCUGGUAGCCAGCCAAUCAUAUGCAUGCCCGAGCCUUUCUACCGGCAUUUCCCCCCAUGAUCUUCCAAAGGCAACGACCCCAGUGAACGACCACGCUUCGAUCGAUUCGACGAAUCAUACUAAAAAUCCUUAGCACCCCGUCUCGGUUACAUUACAUAGUCUCUCUCCAAGGGCAUACAAUUCAGGCCAUGUGUUGCAACGCUUUGCAACUUAUGUUGGCGAGGAGGACUACAGUACUCCUUUUUGCGCUUAAUUUCAGUAUUAUUUCGAAAGGUGUGGGUGAAUUAAAAUGGGGGUUAGGUGAAAUACA